UCUCUCUCACUCCAGGAGGUGGGGGGAGCAGUUUAGUUUGGACAGGCAGCUGCGAGACGCACACCCGUCCGAGGCACAUUUCUACCCACAUGGGUGCAUUUCGACAAACAACGCGUGGUAGAACUGACUUGCAGGCGAUCGCUGGUUGUGUCUGAGUGGGAAUGAGUCGGCCUCCACUCGGAGUUGUUUGCACCAGAACCGGUUUUGAGGAGGCGGUGAGGCGCGGCAGGCAGCAGCAGCAGCCGAUGGGAACAUUCAGCAGCAGCAGCGCCAAACUCACAAUGCGCCCGGAGUGAGCAGAGCAGAGGCAGGGGGAGACAAAACCGAUCCGCGGGCUCACUGAGGACCUGCGACCGCUCAUCUGGACCCGAUCACCUCUUCUUCCUCGCGUCCUCUUCUUCCAGAGUUGGCGCGUCCCUCCUCUUCCUCCACCACCGAGCGAUCGAGUUCAUUGAUUGAGACCAAAUUGACUUCGCAACGAGGGCGAGUGGUGUGAUCCCCAAAACUCAGCCAUGACGUCUCCGGCGAAAUUCCGAAAGGACAAGGAGAUAGUGGCCGAAUAUGAAACUCAAGUUAAAGAGAUUCGUGCCCAGCUGGUGGAGCAGCUUAAAUGUCUGGACCAGCAGUGUGAGCUGAGGGUGCAGCUGCUUCAGGAUCUGCAGGACUUCUUCAGGAAGAAGGCAGAGAUCGAGAUGGACUACAGCCGCAACCUGGAGAAGCUCGCCGAGCGGUUCCUCACCAAGACGCGCAGCACCAAGGACCAUCUCCUCAAGAAGGAGCAGAGCAUCUUGUCUCCUGUGAACUGCUGGAACCUGUUACUGCUCCAGGUGAAGAGGGAGAGCCGCGACCACGCCACUCUGUCCGACCUCUACCUCAACAACAUCAUUCCCCGCUUUGCACAGAUCAGCGAGGACUCAGGACGACUCUUCAAGAAGAGCAAAGAGGUUGGCGUACAGCUGCAGGAAGAUAUGAUGAAAGUUCUCAACGAGCUUUACACGGUGAUGAAGACGUACCACAUGUACAACACGGACAGCAUCAAUGCUGAGUCCAAGCUGAAGGACGCAGAGAAGCAAGAGGAGAAGCAGAUGGGCCGCUCCGGGCGACAGGACGACCGGCAGACGCCGCGCUCCCCCGACACGCUGUCCAACAUCAAGUCCGACGACAAACCUGUUCGACGCUCCAGUGUCAAGAAAAUCGAGAAGAUGAAGGAGAAGAGACAAGCUAAGUACACGGAGAACAAGCUGAAGGCCAUUAAGGCCCGGAAUGAGUACCUGCUAGCUCUCGAAGCCACCAAUGGCUGUGUCUUCAAAUAUUACAUCCAUGACCUCUCCGACAUCAUUGACUGCUGUGACCUGGGCUACCAUGCCAGCCUGCAUCGCGCCCUGAGGACCUACCUAUCUGCAGAACAGAACGUGGAGACGUCCAAACACACGGGCCUGGAGACACUGGAGUCAGCUGCAGAGAGUCUGGAGCCCAACGGGGACAAACAGAAACUGAUGGAGACCUACAACAAUGUCUUCUGCCCCCCAGCUCGCUUUGAGUUCCAGUCCCACAUGGGCGACAUGAUGGGAAUGAUGUGUGCACGGCAGCCACUGGAGAGCGAGCUGCUGCAGAGGUGUCAGCAGCUGCAGUCCCGUCUGUCCACACUCAAGAUUGAGAAUGAAGAGGUGAAGAAAACUAUGGAGGCCACUCUGUCCACCAUCCAAGACAUGGUGACCGUGGAGGACUAUGACGUCUCCGAGUGCUUCCACCACAGCAACAGCAUGGAAUCUGUCAAGUCCUCUUUCAGCGAAUCCUAUCUCAGCAAGCCCAGUCUGGCCAAGAGACGGGCCAAUCAGCAGGAGACGGAGCAGUUCUACUUCACGAAGCUGAAAGAGUUUCUGGAAGGCAGGAACCUGAUCACCAGACUGGACUCCAAGCAUGACCUCAUCCAGAAAUCCCUUGGAGAGAGUCAGAAGUCUGACUGUUGCCUUGCCAGUGGACGGAGAAACUCAACAGUACGGAAUCAGGACUCGGGUGAGGCCAUUCCUCUGAUGGUUGAGAGUUGCAUCCGCUUCAUCAGUCGCCAUGGUCUGCAGCACGAGGGCAUCUUCAGAGUGUCGGGCUCUCAGGUGGAAGUCAACGACAUCAAGAAUGCAUUUGAGAGAGGUGAGGACCCGCUGGCAGGGGACCAGAAUGACCACGACAUGGACUCCAUUGCUGGCGUCCUGAAGCUCUACUUUAGAGGGCUGGACCACGCCCUCUUCCCUAAAGAAAUCUUUCAUGAGGUCAUAUCCUGUGUCUCGAUGGAGAGCCUCCAUGAACGGGCGCUCCACGUUAAGAAGGUUCUGCAGUCUCUACCAAGCAAAACGCUCGUCCUCAUGAGAUACCUGUUCGCCUUCCUCAACUACCUGUCUCAGUACAGCGACGAGAACAUGAUGGACCCCUACAACCUGGCCAUCUGUUUCGGCCCCACCCUGAUGUCUGUCCCAGAGGGCAACGACCAGGUCUCCUGCCAGGCCCACGUCAACGAGCUCAUCAAGACAAUCAUCAUCCACCACAGCACCAUCUUCUCCGGACAGCAGGACCUGCAGGGCCCCAUCUACAUCAUCCCUGGAAGUGGAGAAGAUUUCUGUGACAGUCCACACUGUGAGCCCCCCCUUGUGGAAGAGCCUGCGCCUGACACCGUCUCUGUCAGGAACAACAGUGAAGAUGGAUCCUUGACUGUUUCAGAGUCCGAGCCGAUCGAGGCCAUCGCUCGGUUUGACUACUCCGGACGGACUAGUCGAGAGCUGUCGUUCAAAAAGGGAGCCUCGCUGCUUGUGUAUCAGCGAGCCUCUGAUGACUGGUGGGAGGGACGACACAAUGGAGUGGAUGGACUGGUGCCACACCAGUAUAUUGUGCUCCAAGACAUGUCUGAAGGAGGUCGGGGGAGUCCAAAGACUGAUGUUGACUCCAGGGACCUGCUGGGGGAGAGGCUCUCCACUAGAGGGAGCGCCGCCUCUCCUACUGGAGCUCAUGUCGCUGACGUCUACCUGGCCAACCUCAACAAGUUGAGGAAGCGUCCAGAGUCUGGGAACAUUCGGAGAACAUUCCGGGGAUCAGAGAGCGACAGCACCAGUCCGGGGGCCAGCGGAGGGGGGGGAGUAAGAACAGCCUCACUUCCAGUCGGCGGGGCUCUGGUGAAGGAACCUGGAGACAAACGACCCGUCAGCGCUCACAGCAUCCUCAACUCAGUCACUCGCCAUUCCUCACUCAAGACCAAGGUGGAGAGCCCGCAGUUAAGGAAGACAACUUCAGCCGGACGCUCCAAGAGCUUCAGUAACCACAGACCACUGGACCCAGAGGUCAUUGCUCAGAUAGAGCACAGCGCCCAGGACAUCGAUAUGCCCAUGAGCUCUGCCCUGAGUGAGUUCAGUAGGUCGGAGAGGCAGAGCUCCAAGCAUACACCCGAUGUGGUCCUGGACACACUGGAGCAGCUGAAAGGCGGGAGUGGUGUUGGCGGAGGAGGAGGAGGAGGAGGAGGAGGAGGAGGAGGAGCCUCGGAGCCCUCCAGUCCGCUCCACUCCCGUCUACUGAGGGACGGUGAGGGAGGCUCCUUGCAUUCUCACCCGCUCCAGCGCAGCGCCUCCUCCGCCAGCGACGUACCCUCCUCCUUCCGCCCCAUCAAGAGCCAGCCGCGGAGCCCCCUGCCCUCUGCCACCUCCCCCUCCCUGUCCUCCUCCUCCUCCUCCCUCUCCUCCUCCGUACCUUCCUUCAGAGAGCUGCGCCCGCCGGCAACAAGACCCAAGCCGGUGGUUUUCCCGAAGAGCGGCGGAGGGAGUCCAGCGAUGGGCUCCCCGACAUCCACUGUGCCCCCAACACCUCCACUUCCACCUGCAGGCCACACACGCUCACUCCCCAGCACUCCUCCUCCACCUCCUCCCCAGUCUAAUGACAAAUCCUGCCCAGCUUAGACCCCGAACAACAACACUGAUCCCUACAGACUCUUCUACCAGCUUGUAGAGAUUACAUCAUGUUUUCAGCCCCAACCCACUCCUCAUGUGUAGCAUUCACUUCUUGGUGUGCAGGCGAACGAUGCCUUGUUCCCUUUUUGGAGGUUCUCCCCCACCCUGUUGUGGCAGCUCCUAACUGUCACAAGGUGUAGAUCAGUUGACUCCCUUCAAACACACUGGUUUUUGCUUGGUCAUGAAAAUUGUGUGUGAGUGGGCGUGUGAGAGUGCUACCUGCAUUUACACACAGAGAUCUAUGUAAGGAACAAAAAGCACAGUUUGAUUUUUUUGUAUAUUAGAUAUGACAGUUCCCCCCCCCCCCCCCCCCCUUCUUCUUAAUGACCCAAUGACUAGCGGACUGGAAGGGAGCGUUCGAUUCCUGAGAGUAGACUGUGAAAUGCUUUAGUUCUCGCUCUGUGUAGAAAUUGACACACACUGACUCGCUGCUUCAGACGACUGGAGAGAAAGGUGCAUGGUGAAAGAAAACUGGGCCAAAUAUCAGUGUAGGUCAUGUGACCAAGAGCUUUAUUUGAUUUUUUUUCUCCAGUGUUUGAUAUGUUGAUAUCUUCUUUCUUUUUUUUUUUUUUUAAAUGACUGUUCAGUACUAGUACCACAACAGGAGCAUAACUGGGCAGUUGUUCUCCAAUAUACUUUAAUGGCCAACAGUAAUUCUAAAUACAUAUAUAGCAAUAAGAAAAAAAAAAAGAAAGCUGGUAUUUUGAAGCAUUCUGCUGCUUCUCUCCUGCAGUUUUGUUAUGUGUGUAGGGGACCACUGAAACCCAGCAUUUUUAUAUGUGAUGUUGGACUGUACACACACUCGCAUACACAUGUUUUGUAAGUCGGUGUGUGUGGUAGUGUUUCGUGGCAGCUAAACGCCCUUUCAGGUUUUCCUCGCAUGCCGGGGCCACACAGACGGCCGCCACACUGGCGAGCUGGCUGGUUGCAUCAUUCUAUGUAUCUGCAGUACCAGCUUCAAACAAAGACACAGCUUGCUCCUUUAAAUAUAUACUUAACAGAAAAAAAAGGGUUUUAUUAUUCUAAUGGUGUGUAUGUAUGUUUAAUAAUCUAGAACUGGAAGCAUGGAGCUGAGGACCCGCCACAACCAAACCACCUCAUCCAGUGAGCUCUGAAGCAACGUCUGCUUUGAUUACUUUCUUUUCCUUUUAAUGAUCAGAACAGGUUAUGGAAUAAUGUGGAGCCGUGGGUGUGCGCCUGUUUGAGCAUGUGUGGAUGUAGAGUAUAUAUAUAUGCACCUCACCACAGCCUUGCCCCACUCAUCAUAAAGGGAUGCUACCCAACAACAGCAGCAGCUGCCCGCAGACAGAGGAAACACUCACGUCUCUCCUCUGGAGUAGCAGCAGCCUGAGUUAAUAUGCACUGUGUAUAUGUGUCAUCAGAUAAAAAAAAAAAAAAAAAAAGCCUGCAGGGAUACAUGAACCGUUGUCUUGUCUUCAGUUACUGCUGUGACACCAGUGGCAGCCCAGCUUUACGUAGAAACAGGAUGAGGAAUCCCAACUCCAAGGACUUCACCAGACUUUUCUUUUCUCCUGAUAUUAUUUGGUGAUGGAAAAUGCGAUAUGUUGUUAAUUUUUUUUUGAAUAUUAACUUCAAAUGUGGAGAUAUAACAUUCAGGGCAUACUGAAUAAAGCCUUUUUUUCAUUGUAUUUCACUUUCUUGAGAAAGUAUUGAACUAAUUGUCACCCUGGUGUUCCCUUUAAUCACACGUAUCCCCUCCUCAAGUGUUUACUCAAGAAUACAGCACAUACUGCAUUCCUGUAUAUGCUCUUCACCAGGUAAUGAAUUAUAAUUGUUAAAAGUUUUGUUUUUCCUAAUCUCUGUAUACUGUUUGUGUAUUACCUGGUAUAUUUGUGUUGCUCUUACCUCAUCGAGACAACUGGAGGGACUGUGACCGUGAGGGUGUGUGUGGUCAACGCGCUCACACACACACUCGCGUGUAACAGACACGCGCAUGUGGGUGGUUGGUGUGUUUUGUCCUGGCUGUGCUGUCGAGAGGAGCUGGGACCCUCUGCGAUCUCAAAUCAAUCAUCGUGCACUUGAACAACUUUUGCUUGUGUGUGGACUAACUGUGUGUGGGGAUGAUGUGUCCGAGUUGAAUAUUGUUAAAUAUGCAUUUUUUUUUUGUGUCCAUUUGAAAACAGCAGAACUAAAAAAAAUAGACUGUAAUGUCAAAUCUAUUUAUAGUUGUCUCUGUAUUACUGGAGAAUCCUGUGUUCAGAUGUACUUUGUAUAUACAAUGUUGUACAUUACAGAGGUACACUCUUUUUUUUGGUACAAUAUUGUACAGUAAUAGCAAUAGUAGUUUAAUCAAAUAGGCCUUAUAUAAUUCUAUGUGUAGUUCUUGUAGUAGAUUUGUUUUUUAAUAAACAUUGCUUGCUAUAAAAA